ACCUUUCACUGUAAAGCAAUCGCACACGGAGCCGGCAUCGACCUAUGGGAGAGUGACUGUGGGUAGCACGGUGAGUAACGGGGAGAUGUGAUCCAGAUAUAACAUGCCUAGAUCACGAGAGCAACAAUACUCACCAACAGUAUUUUGAUAGGGGUAUAUGCGUUGCGAGGUUACAUCUGCUGCCACAAGGCCGCUUGAAGGGGUACCGGCCACUUGCGCGUGGAACGACGAGGAGAUCGUCGAGACAUCCACCGUGGUUGAUGAAGCGGAGGAUUUGAGGAGAACAUCCCUGCGGAGGGCUGUGUAUACGUCAAGCGAGGACGAGAUCCUCCAGACGUCGGCCGGUGUCGGCGAAGCGGAUUAUGUAUAUGGGCAUACAUUCCAGAGGGCUGUGGGAUCUGGGCGUCCGGCGCCGCACCGACACACAGACUCUGAGAAUACCCAGAGCACCGCGAGCCUCGAGACUGUCCAGGAAGGGAGCGAAGACAUAGCCCGUCCGCGUGCGAAGACAUGGUCCGACCUCGUCGCAACUCUCGACAAACGUCACAGCAGAGGGUGGAAACCAGCGUCUGCUAGACCUGCGAAUCCCUCUGUGGCCGCUCACUGGUAACGACCCAGCGGCCAGCGAAGCAGGGUCGUCUCCGGCGCGGGGCGUGGCAUGACGCAAAGCCAAAGCGGAAGAAGAACCAACGAAAAUAAACGGAGAGGUCAUUUGGGGAAUUGUGUGAUGCUGUAAUAUAGAGAGCUUGUAUCGCACUGUUCUUGAUUCCCGCUCGCAAGCGCACGACCAGAAGUGUGUUCGGUCAGAUCCCGCCGGAUAUCAAAGCUACCCUGUAGCUGCGCUCG